CUUCCUUGAAAAAAUUCCUAGAGUGUAUCUUUUAGGAAAAAUCAAGUCUUGAUUUAAAAACUGUACAUGAUGGAGAAUCCACCUCGACCUUUGCUCUUCUUUGAACUGCUGCAGUUUGUCAACAACGCCUUGACUUGUGGAUGACAGAACUGGACACAGUAUUCCAGCAGCACUCACACCAGUGCCAACUACAGAGUUCUCAUCCGGACCAUUUCAGUUAUAUGCUGGGCAUAUCAGUCAACUGCACUUUCUUCAUCGAGUGAAAUAGUCAUAGAGCUGUGUAUUAUCCACACACUGUUGGGAUUAUAGCUCAAACAGCACACUAUUCGAAACCACAAGUGCUGUUCAUCUCAGGCCAGCUGCACAACAGUAACACUGUGCUAUGCUUCGAGAUGUCAUGGGAAAAACCUUUCGACUUCUGGGGUAUACCAUUCAAUAUGGAUGCAUAGCACACUGUGCCUUUGAGUACCUUGGAGGAAUUGUUGUGUGUUCUGGACCUUCAAUGGAACCAACAAUUCAAAAUUCUGACAUUGUCUUUUCGGAGAAUCUUAGCCGCCAUUUUUAUUGCAUUCAGAAAGGUGAUAUUGUAAUUGCAAAAAGCCCAAAUGACCCCAAAUCAAAUAUCUGUAAAAGAGUAAUUGGCUUGGAAGGAGACAAAGUCUGUAUAAGCAGUCCUUCAGAUUUCCGUAAGAGUCACAGUUAUGUGCCUAAAGGGCAUGUUUGGUUAGAAGGAGAUAAUCUCAGGAAUUCUACAGAUUCCAGGUGUUAUGGACCUGUUCCUUAUGGACUGAUAAGAGGACGCAUUUGCUUCAAGAUAUGGCCUCCGAAUGAUUUUGGAUUUCUGCGUGCUAGCCCUAACGGUCACAGAUUUUUGGAUGAUUAAGAGAACUAAUAAGUGAAUUCUGCCAGUUUACUGAACUGUCUUACAAUGCUUUAAUAGCUUUUUUUACUGAUUGAAUGAAACAAUGUAUUUGUAUUUACAAUAAAUUAAACAUUGUGACUUUUUGAGCUAAAGUUUCACUUUAUUAGCAUCUAGAAUAAAACAUAUGCUGAAGUCAGUUAUGGAAAUUAAAUGCUGUUGUAAUUACAGUUAUUCAGCUUUCUUUAACCAUUCAUGAUGAGUUCACACAAGAAAGUGUCUUAUAGUCUAAGGGCUAGACCCUUACAGGGGAUUUUGGCUCAGCUUCACAAUGCCUAAUUUUAGGCACCCAGUCUCCCUCUACAAUGCAUGGGGAGAGCUAAGCACCUAAGAAUGGUAUUAACAGAAGGCAGCAAGCUGAGUAAGGGGGCUACCCAAGCUAAGCAGAACAAAAUACUAAGGAGGGUGGUGGGGCAGAAGCAGCAGCAGA